AUGGCUAUGUCACUGCCCUUUCUGCGACUGCUGCGCCUCCUCAUCUGCUUCCCGUCCCUAGCGGCGCCGCUUUGGAGCUUGGAGGAGGAGGAGACCCUUCUCGCCGAGUUCAGCGUCCUGCAGACGAGCUCGCAGCUGAACUCUCAUCCGCGGUUCGACCACCACGUCUGGGACGCUUUCUCACCGUGCGUCUCCUUUUCCUGUCCCGGGAUAGAGAGAGGCCAAUGGCACCAGAUGGCUUGGGGCCAAGUCUUGCCUUCGCUCCUUGAAAACGGAGUUUGCAAGGAGUGCGUCUACAACGCCUGCGAGAAGCCACGGAUGUUCCAGCUCGUCCGUGCACCGGCCAAUGCUUUCAGCAGCCUGGGCUUUGUGGCGGUGGGCCUCUUCGCUCUUUCUGUCACAUGCCUGGACCUCCUGCACACGGAUGCGCCCUAUGGGAGACACGGACCUGUGAUCCUCCACGGAAUUCUCUUCGGAACAGUUCUGGUGGCUGAAGGGGGCGCCUCCUUUGCCUACCAUGCGUCUUUGACCCUGCAGAUGAAUAUUCUCGACUGGCGGACAAUGCUCGUAAGCUUCGCAGCUCAGGGUUUCGGCCUGGUGAUUGCCAGCCAAACUUUGCUUCGUCGCCCUGUCAGCAGCUGGCUCUUCGCCAUCCUCUUCCUCGCUUACAGUUUCGUCCUCUUGUUGAGCCUGGGUCUGAGUUGCGGCUGCUUUUGCUCGAUAGACGAGGCCUGCAAUAGCCCUGUUUGGCCCAUGGUGUGGCUGGCCACUGGGCUCUUUUGCCUGUCGGCGCCCUUGUCUGUGGAGUGGUCUGCCUGGCAGUGCAUGCAAGAGCUCCAAGACAGUUCCCAGCUCCGCAUCGUGGCUGCAGCUCGCCGACGCUUUCGAUAUUUGAUGUGGAGCGCGGUGGCGCUGUGGCUAGUCGGAUACAGCUGCAAGCUCCUGGACGAUUACCAAAUCAUGUGUCGGCCUUCGUCACUCUUCCAGUUUGUAGCUCUGAUGCAUUUAGUAAUGGCUGCUGCCAUGCUCUUGAGCUUCCUCGCGACGAGGACAUGCUCGAAGCUCCUCGUAGUGCGCUUGGAAGCCGACCCAAUCAAAUGCCAGGCGAGCGCUCAGCCCACCAGGGGCGGGCUGCGCGGAUGA